AUGAGUUUUUGAGACCACUUCAACUGCAACAAGAACAAGGAGAUGUGGCUGUGCUUCGGUGGUUUUGCAGCUCGAGUUUGGGGCUAAAUUGUGGUUUGAAUUAGCUGCAAUUUGCAAUGGAAGUGUGUCUGAAUGCUUGAACAUUUUAAUGGGUCUGUUCUAAAUUUGAAAUUGCUGCAGGGAAGAAGUCAUUACCGUGGUCUGAGAUUUGUGACUGAUUUUGUACAUCUACAAAGGGAAGAACUGAAGUUAUGUUCUGGUGGUUGUAGUUCAAUUUGCAGGUUGAGUUGGGUACUGAAAUGAUGGUUCCUGUUAGUUUUUUCGUGAAGAUUAAGAAGGGUUGAAGAGAGUCUGUGUGAAUGAAUUAGACAGGCUCAAAUACAACAUGGAGCUAGUGGCCUGGAAUUGGGGGAAAUAGUGGAGUUUCAAGAUGAAAAUUCAGAAAAGCAAGUACUGUUGAUGUCCAACUUGUAUUGCUGCUGUGAUUUUAGUGGUUGUGUGUGGGUGACCCAGGGCUUGGCUUAGAUGAAUUUUGGUCUGUUUUCCUGCCGAGAAGAUAGUUAUAAAGUGGAGUUGUAGCCGUCCAUCUUCACUGAUAAAGGGUUAGGAUUAAAGACAGGAUUUGGGAGUUGCGAAGAUACAUAAGUUAGGAUCGUAAUUGAAAGGAACAAGGGAUAUAUAAGGGAACAAAAUAUCAACAAACACUACCUUUUCUUUCACCAGAAGAAGCUCGCCUGCAUCUGUUCUACACAACAACAACUUGUUUGAUGCCUGGAAAUCUCAUUUAAGGUACCAUUUCUUUGGUGAAUGCGUGGAGAGAGCAUACCAAGUCCAAUUGGUAUACGUCUUCGUUCGGGCACUCUACUAAAAGACUUGAUUCGAGCAGUGAAUACUCCACUUCCUCCUAGUUCCUCACCAAGUAAACUCUCGGCCUCGGACGAAGAGGAAGAGAACACAAUGGGAGGUCGACCACCUGCUCCAAGAACACUCAAGGAGCUCACUUCUCCAAACCUUGACCAUCAGCCUUUAUGUAUUCAGCUGAAUGAAACCAUUGAGUUGAACCCGCAAUUGAUUCACUUUCUUCCCAAAUUCAAGGGUUUAGCGGGAGAAGAUAUUAAUCAUCACUUGCAAUAAUUCCAUCAUGUUGUGACUAGUUUGAAGCAAAAAACUGCAGACGCCGAUAUGGCUAUGAUGAUAGCGUUUCCUUUCUCCCUUAUUGAUGCUGCAGGAGAAUAGUUCUUUUGCUUACCUCCUGGAAGUAUAACCACAUGGAAUGGGAUGAAGAAGUUAUUCCUUGAGAAGUAUUUUCCAGCAUCAAAAGAAGCAGUGAUUCGCAAGAAGAUUUAUGGUAUUAGACAAGUAUCCGGAGAGACUCUCUAUGAGUAUUGGGAGCGGUACAAGAAACUUUUAGCUAGCUGUCCACACCACCAAAUUAGUGAUCAACUCGUUAUUCAAUACUUCUAUGAGGGAUUGCUGUCUAAUGAGAGAAAUUUGAUUGAUGCUGCAAGUGGUGGUGCACUACCAACAAGACCAUUGCGGAAGCUACAAAUUUGUUGGAGAACAUGGUUGCAAACACACAACAAUUCUACACUCGAGGUGAACCAAUGGUAAGGAAAGUGAAUGAAGUUGGUGACUCUUCACAUUUGGAAUACAGGAUGGGUAACAUGGAGAGGAUGAUGCAACAAAUAGCAGCGGCUGUAAUACCAUCAUACACCGAUGAAGUUGAGCAAGCAAGUGCUAUGUACCAAAAUCAUCAAAGGUCAAGAUAUGACCUAUAUUCCAGCACAUACAAUCCGAGUUGGCGUGAUCAUCCUAAUUUCAUCUACGCCAAAAAGCAAGCUGCAGUUUCCAAUCCUACUUUCAAUCAACAAGGAGGGUACCAAUUCAUGCAAAGACCACAACAAGAAACUCAAGGUACUCUUAUGAUGCAAAAUAUGCAAGAGAUUUCAAAGACAAUGCAAGGGUUCAACCAAUUCCAGCAGAAAUCCGAGAUGGCUAUGAGAGAUGUGCAAAACCAAGUUAGUCAAUUGGCUAAUGAUAUGAAUCAACUCAAGGCACAAGCAGCUGGAAAACUUCCUUCGCAACCACUAAAUCAUAAAAAGAAUGUGAAUUCUAUUGAGAUACGAAGUGGAAAGCAAAUAGAGAAACCGACAGCAUCACCGGAGUCCCAUGAACGUGAUUUAGUGAAAGAAGUGGACGAAGCAGUCCCUAAAAAGGAUGAUUAGGUUACACAUUCUAACUUUAA